GUAUACAUAUGUGAAGUAAAGACGGUCCUUCACCCACGAUAAGACAUAUUUAUUUGGCUUUUAGGAGGCCCAUGGAAACGCAAUCUUAAUCCUUCAAACCCACAAUAUGCAAAUACAUGACAAUGAUAACAAUGGAUUUUGAUUCAUAAUCAUAUUUAUAGCUACUUAUUAAAGGUGACUAGUUAUCCAUUAUCAUAUUCCUAUCUGAAAUAGGGCGAGACCAAACCCCAGUGACAAAACUUUAACAAUAGGAAAUAGGACAUAGCAGCAAUUCUCAUAUAUUUUUCUAAAUAAGAUCAAAGAUGGGCAAGGGAUCAGGUAAAGGAGAGGGUAAAGGCGAAGGAGGAGUGGGAUGUUGUGGAGGAAUCAUCAAACUUUUACUCUUUAUCUUCAAUGUCGUAUUUUGGCUUAUAGGAGCAGCUAUUCUAGGGGUAGGAAUCUGGCUUAAGGUUGACAAAAACCUUGUAGAGAACAUCAACAAACUCCUGCCAGGUCCUUAUUUAGAUAUUAUCGCCAUCGUCAUGAUUGUGCUUGGCGCUCUCAUCUUCCUUAUCGGAUUCUCUGGCUGUUGUGGUGCCUGCCAAGAAAGCAUAUGCUUGCUCGCCAUUUAUAUCACCCUGAUGGUGAUCAUUAUUAUAGCAGAGAUAGCAGUUGGAGUAUUCGCAUAUGUACAUAGGAACACGCUCGAGAAAGAACUUGGUGGAGCUCUGAAGGGACAGGUCACCAAUGACUAUGAAUUCGACAAUGGAAUAGGAUACGCUUGGAACUUUUUACAAACUGAGUUCAAAUGCUGUGGAUCAGCUGGACCAAAGGACUUUGAGAACAGUAAAUGGCGGCAGAGUUCAGGAAACGCCACCCAGGGAAUCAAUGUCCCAGUCACAUGUUGCGUUCCAGUUAGCAAAGCGGGCAACCCACAGACUACUGUCGCCAAGAACCCUACUCUUUGCGAGGCAGCUGCUGCUACUGCUUUCGCUGGAGGUGCACCAAAUAAGGAUUACCUCUAUACUGAUGGAUGUUACGAUAAGUUGCUUGAAUUCAUCAAGAAAUACGGAGUGUACAUCAUCGCAGGUCUCGGAGCAGUCGCUGCAAUUCAGUUAUUUGGAAUUGCAUUCACAAGUUUCCUCAUCCAUCGUAUCAAGAAAUCUAAACAAGAAGAAAAUGAUGCUCUCGAGAUGCAGGGUAGAUCAAACCCAGGAAUGAAGGUGUAAAGCGGAGAUUAAUAACUAUUAGGCGCGGUCUCAUCUAUUUCGUACUAUUCUACAAGUAAUCGACCUAUAUUUCCUUUAUUGGGCGUCCGCUUCCUUAACUAUAACAAAAAUAUCAUUAUUUUAAAAGUGUGUUUUAUUGACAAGUUUCAAUGGUGGUUUUAAUACAUAAGAAGUGGAUUGUAGGUAGAAUCUUGUGCCAAAUGUUUGAGACACGAUUUCACAAUAAAUGUGCUGUAGACACUAAAAUGUAUCCACCGAUGGGUUCGGACUCCAUGGCGACAGUGAAGCCAUAAAGGAAAAAUGUAAAUAUAGGCUAUUUUGAAAUACAAGUCAAUGUUUUUUCUUAAUGUUACUGUUUUUGCACAUUAGUCAACGGAUUUUACGUGUAUAUUCUUCAAAAAGAAGGUAUGAAAGAAAUCCUUGGAUUGUUCAUUUUUCUUUAUAUUUGUGUAUUGUAUUGUUCAGUACUAUUUUGAUGUUGUCCAAUUCGAGAUCACGCACGUUUGUUGUUUUCAGAGAUUUCGUAUUUUCAAUGCAGUAACUUCCUAUUUGUAAAUAUGAAUAUUUUAUAAAUAAAGCUCAUAAUAAUCA